AUAACUGUGCAGACUCGCUUUCCCCAUCCUUCAUUACCUGUCAACCUCCUUCCACUGUGUUCUCUUGUGAUAUUGGGGUACAACUGGAAACUUUUGCUCACAAGCUUCAGGUUCAGGAUAGCCAUGGCCGAACGCACUAUACCACAUGCUUACCCAAUGAGCUUGGAGUAUGAGAUGAGUAACCCGAGGCGUUUCUAUGAUCAGAACUUUGCUGAAGCCCUGACUCCUCAGGAUCUUCUUACACCAGUGCUUUAUCAUGGAUACUACAUCCGCCCACGCAUCAACAAACAGCUCGAGCGAGGCUUCUCGGAUGUGGAAAGUGAAGACAACUGGUAUCGCGUGUUGCUGGAUGUUUGCCAAUUCACACCAGACGAGCUGAAUGUGCGCACAGUGGACAACCUGCUGGAAGUUAGCGGUCGCCACUCGCAGCGGGUUGACCAGCAUGGGUUCGUCAGCAGGGAGUUCACACGAACAUAUAUACUUCCCAUGGGAGUGGACCCACUUCUAGUACAAGUGUCACUUUCGCAUGAUGCCGUUCUUUGCAUUGAAGCGCCACGAAAAACAGCUGAUAUCGAACCUGUGGUCAACCAGCUCCAGAUUAAAAUGGACAAGAAAGCAGCCAAGAGUUCCUAAAGUGGAUAGCACUGGGACUUUUGUCAUUAAACUUGAAUUAUAAUGGCUAGGACAAUGAAUAAAAUCCCAUAGCAGGGGGCUAAAGGUAAUAGUUUUCAGUUCAGUUCAAUUCAAAUUAAAUUAAAUGUUUUGGAGAAACUAAUGUUUAUUGUAUUUUAACACAAAGUGAAAGCAAAUAUAGAGAAGUACAAUCUCAUGGGCUCAGUUCAUUAACUGAACUGAAUCCUGUGAUUUAAUUGCAAAUUAGCAAGGGCAUCCUAUGUUUUCCCAUGUCAAACAUAGGCUACUCUCUCUCUCUCUUUUUUUUUUUUUACACUUGAUUAUCUUUUUGUGUGUGUAUGAGAUGUUUGAUUAAAACCUUUUUUCCCUA